AAACAACAACAUUUAUAACACCUUUGGAUGCAAUCACAACUUCGUAUGCAGCAGCAGGUGAAACAUCACCGGAAAUAACAUUCAGUGCUCAAAACACAGUCUCCAUCAUUGAUUCUACCAAUGAGUCAAGUAAAGAAGUAACAUAUCCACCAACUAACCCCUCUACUGAGACAAGUAAAGAUGUAGCAUAUCCACCGACUAACCCCUCUACUGAGACAAGUAAAGAUGUAACAUAUCCACCGACUAACCCCUCUACUGACUCAAGUAUAGAUGUAUCAUAUCCACCGACUAACCCCUCUACUGAGACAAGUAAAGAUGUAUCAUAUCCACCGACUAACCCCUCUACUGAGACAAGUAAAGAUGUAACAUAUCCACCAACAAACCCCUCUACUGAGACAAGUAUAGAUGUAACAUAUCCAUCAACUAACCCCUCUACUGAUCCAAGUAUAGAUGAAACAUUAGAACCAACUAACCCCACUACUGAGACAAGUAUAGAUGUAACAUAUCCAACUACUAACCCCUCUACUGAGCCAAGUAAAGAUGUAUCAUAUCCACCAACUAACCCCUCUACUGAGACAAGUGGAGAUGUAACAUAUCCCCCGACUAACCCCUCUACUGAAACAAUUAAGGAUGAAUCAUAUCCACCAACUAACCCCACUACUGAGACAAGUAUAGAUGUAACAUAUCCAACUACUAACCCCUCUACUGAGACAAGUAUAGAUGUAACAUAUCCCCCAACUAACCCCUCUACUGACUCAAUUAUAGAUGUUACAUAUCCACCAACAAACCUCUCUACUGAGACAAGUAUAGAUAUCAGAUAUCUCCCAACUAACCCCCCUACUGAAACAAGUAAGGAUGAAUCAUAUCCCCCAACUAACCCCUCUACUGACUCAAUUAUAGAUGUUACAUAUCCACCAACUAACCCCUCUACUGAGACAAGUGUAGAUGUAACAUAUCCACCUACUAACCCCUCUACUGAGUCAAUUAUAGAUGUAACAUAUCCACCUACUAACCCCUCUACUGAGACAAGUAAAGAUGAAUCAUAUCCCCAAACUAACCCUUCUACUGAAACAAGUAAAGAUGUAUCAUAUCCACCAACUAACCCCUCUACUGAGACAAGUGUAGAUGUAACAUAUCCACCGACUAACCCCUCUACUGAGUCAAGUAUAGAUGUAACAUAUCCACCAACUAACCCCACUUCUGACUCAAGUAUAGAUGUAUCAUAUCCACCAACUAACCCCACUACUGACUCAAGUAUAGAUGUAACAUAUCCACCAACUAACCCCACUACUGACUCAAGUAUAGAUGUAUCAUAUCCACCAACUAAUCCCUCUACUGAGACAAAUAAAGAUGAAUCAUAUCCCCCAACUAACCCCUCUACUGAGCUAAGUACAGAUGAAUCAUAUCCACCUACUUACCCCUCUACUGAGCCAAGUAAAGAUGAAUCAUAUCCACCUACUUACGCCUCUUCUGAGACAAGUAAAGAUGUAUCGUAUCCACCAACUAACCCCACUACUGAGACAAGUAAAGAUGUAACAUAUCAACCAACUAACCCCACUACUGAGACAAGUAAAGAUGUAUCAUAUCUACCAACUAACCCUGCUACGCAGCGAAGUAAAGGUAUGAUAUUUUGA